AUGGGAACACGUUGUGUAUACGCCGAGUCAAGAGUUGGCAAGGUUCCUGGAGUGCGGGCGAAACGAAAGCAUACUCCUAAUCGAAACGACUCACAGCAAUCGCCGCGGAACCAGGCCAGUAUCUCGUCGAAGCGAUCGACGAAUCAUGCUGCAACUUCUACCGAUUUGACGUACCCGGAUCCCGAUCAUGAGGAGAAUGUGAACUGGAGCACAGAUUGGGACCUUGACCCUUCGUCGGUAGAUUUCUCCGAGGAACUGGCCAGUAUACAUAUACCCUCCCAUACAACCGCGCAAGGAUUAUCAGCUUCACCUGGCCCUAUCAUGACCUUUUCUGGGGCUGAAGAAUAUUCUUUGCCCGACAUCGACCCCAGCUUGGAGGAGUUUUUCAUGACCCAGCCCUCAAUCCCGACGCCAACCGAACAACCCAGCGAGGCAUUCUCCUCACCACAGUUACCAUCGAUGAUGGGGUUGCGACCAAGAGACGAAUCCGAUAGCCAAUGCUGCCUUGAAUGUUGCCAAAUCAUCAGUGACCUUGAAAACUUCAUCAUGACUGAGUUGAAGGCUUUCAAGAUCAUCCUGGGCAUCGUGAGGAAGACGCUUGAAAGACUGAACCACCUGGUCCAUGUCCAAGAAAGCUCGCGAGACAUCCGAUGCAUAAUGCUCUUCAUCACACUCAUGUACCAGAUCUUGGACUUGUCAGGGGCUGGUCUGUCAACUGUCGCUGAUGAAGCUGAUCGGCAACGGAAGAGGAGUCUGUCAGGCGUAACGUCCGGUCUUGGAUUCGGUGACUUCUCCAUGGACGCUCAGGAGCAAUCGGCCUUCAGAAUGCAGGCCAUUCUGAAGGAAGUUCAGCACGCUAAUGAGAUUCUGGGCCGUAUACGAGCGCUGGCUGGUGCAGGUACGACCUCAGAUGCCAAUGGGACAUCGGGCUCGGGGCAGGGCCAGGCCCGCGGCGAUUGUUUUCUCGACCUCGACGUUCGAUUCCAUGAACUGGUAGCGCGCUUUGCCACCGCAAUGUAG